AUGGCUGGGAGCCCCUUUGAGGCCGACAUGUCGGCCGACGUGGAGAACACGGAUUCGGAUCUGAUGACGCCUGCGCGCAGCGUGCAGCACUCGGAGGCGCAGCUGCUGCAGCGGUGCACGGCGGCGGUGGAGCAGUGCCGCAGGGACCUGGCCGAUCUGCGCACCGUGUGCAAGGCGGCCAACGCGCACCGCGAGAAGUGCGCGGAGCUGCUGGGUGCUGCCACCGAGGCGGUGGUGGCUCUGGAGGACAUGCUGUACGACCCAGACAUCGACCUGCAGCGGGAGCGGUCGCUGCAGCAGCUGGCGCGCCGCGUGCAGCAGUCUAUGGACAAGGGGGAGGCGAUGGUCAAGGUGUAUGGCAGCAUGAGCGGGCUCAAGAAGCUGACCUCCAAGAUGUGCUCACCCGGCACGUCCCUCAAGUUUGAUGAUGCCAUCAAGGAGCUCACAAACCUAGCCAAGCAGGCGCGGCUGCAGCGCCAGCAGCCCACACGCAUGGGCACGGCGCAUAGCUCCGCGUUGGACAGCGCGCGCAUGCCGUCGUCGGUGCCCACCGCGCUGGCGGGCGUGGGCCUGGCGACCAGCGGCAGCAACAGCCACCACAGCACGGUGCAGGCAGUGCCCUCCAUCCCCACCUCCCCCAUGGGCGUGGGCUCCAGCACCGCCUCUGCCACCACCUCGGGCCUGCCCAUGCUGGCGGAGCAGGCGCCCGUGGGCGGCAGCGGGCAGGGCAGCAGCGGGCUGGCGCUCAUGGGGGACCGGCAGGUGCCGGAGGAGGCUCUGAUGUGGAAGAAAGUGCGCAAGGGCGGCUCGCGGCAGGCGAUCACGGCCAUGCUGCACGUACCGCCGGGGGAGCACGAGCCGCAGGGCCACUUGGGAUACCUGUGGUACUACCUUAGCAAGAGCGUGUUCAGCAACGGCACCCUGUUCUUUUACAAUCUGUCCAAUGGUCUGGAGGAUGAGCUGAAGGAUGCACGGCAGGACAAGAACAUCACCUGCAUGCACUACGACGACACCACCGGCUACAUCUGGACCGGUCACUCCAGCGGGCGCAUCCGGGUGUGGGAUGCGGACAAGCAAGAGGCGCUUGUGGAGGGCGUCAAGGCCUUUGGCCACCCCACCAGCUGCAUCACAACGGACGAAUACUCGCGGUGCUGGGUGGGAGGAGACCGGGGCCGUGUGCGGUCGUUCCGGCUGGAGCCGACGCAGCGGGACGGCGUGAAUUUUGGGUACCGCCUGGUACUGCGGGGGGAGCUCAACACCGUGGGGGAGGGCAUCCCCGAGCCAGACUACAACAACCCAGAGGGGGACAACAUGGUGUCCCACCCGCUUGCCCGCGAGUCCGCCCACUACGGCCCCGUGCGCUGCAUCGCGGCGGCGGCCGGCCGCGUGUGGACCUGCGGCGGCUCCUCCGCCUUUGCCACCUUCAAGGAGUGGACGCAGUCGGGGAUCCACGUGGAGCAGCACAGCAUGCGGUCCAUGGAUGACUCGCCAGGCCUGAUCAACGACAUGGCGCUCGUCUCCCCCAUCACCAUCGUACAAGAGUCGCAGCGGCAGCGCGCCUUUGCCGGCUCCCAAGGCCUGUCCUCCUUCACCACCAGCGCCAGCGUGGCGGUGGCCUCCCGGGUGCCCGCCACCGUGCUGGUGGAGGUCGACAUGCCGUGGCAGCUGGUGACGGCGCACGACAGCGGGGUGGUGCAGGUGUGGGGACACAUCGACAGCCAGCGCGCGCUGCAGCCGCUGGUGCGCAUCGGGGAGCGGGUGGCGCCCGCGCUGCGCCUCGUGGUGUGCGAACCGCUGGGCGCGCUGAUCACCGCGCACAACGACGGCAAGUUGCGCGUGCGCCCACUGCACCACCCCCGCUCCUCCCGCGGACUCAAGAUUGUCUACCAGGACGGCUCCGUCAGCAAGGUGGGCGAGGCCUCGCUGCCCUGCGUCCAGCUGGACACCAGCCGCUCGGGGCUGGCCACCGCACUGGGCGGCAGGGUGGGCGUCUUGACCGCCAGCAACUCCGCCGCCAUUAAGCUGUUCCCGGUGGCGGAGAUGCGGCGGCUGGCGGAAGAGGCGGGCAUCGCGGUGCAGAGCCCGCUGGCGGAGAUGGCGCAGUGGCCGGUGUUCCACUUCACCAGCUGGGGCCUGCAACAGCACCUGGAGGCACAGGCGCUGGCGGCGCAGCAGUGCAGCCUGGAUUAUGAGGCGUCGCUGGCGGACGAGGGCAGGCCCAGCCGGCAGGACCGCUCGGAGGCGCUGGAGCACUCUGUGUUUGGGGAUGAGACCAACAAGUGGCUGAUCGACUGGAAGGAGCUCACCCGCACACGUAUCAUUGGGGAGGGCGCGUUUGGCAAGGUGUGGCUGGGGCGUUGGCAGGAGACGGAUGUUGCCAUCAAGCAGCUGGGCUCUCUCAGCGCGCUGGGCGUGGAUACGGGCUCCCUGCAGCACGACUCCAGCGGAGGCGUGAAGCUGAACCAGGAGGUGCAGAAGGUGCUGGACAAAGAGUUCUGCGCGCGCGGCUCGCUGUACGACCUGCUGCAAGAGGCGCGGGAGAAGCCGGCGCUGAAGCGCGCGCUGGACUGGUCGCGCCGCGUGGUGAUGGCGCUGGAUGCAGCCAAGGGCAUGCUGUACCUGCACAGCCACAAGCCGCCCAUCAUCCACCGCGACCUCAAGUCGCCAAACCUGCUGGUGGAGAAGAACUGGAAGGUCAAGGUCACCGACUUCAACCUGUCCAAGGCUGCCACCAAGAACGACGUCAUGUCCUCGGUGCAGGCCACCAACCCGCGGUGGCAGCCGCCAGAGGCGCGUGCCGCGCCCGCCGCGCCCGCUGCCUUUGCCGCCGCCGCCGCCGCCGCUCUGUCGCGUCGGCCGGCAGCAUGGAGCGUCAUCCUGCGCCAGGAAUACACAAAGGCCAGCGACGUUUACGCCUUUGGCCUGAUCCUGUGGGAGCUGCUCACCUGGGAUCUCCCUUACGCCAACAUGAGCGUGCUGCAGAUCAUGCUCAACGUCACGCAGCAGCAGGCGCGGCCCGCGGUACCGGACCAGUACGCCGCCGCGCAGCUCCCCGGCGGCACCUUCAGCGGCUACGACGACUAUGUUGACCUGAUGCAGCGGUGCUGGGCGGAGGAUCCGGCCUCGCGGCCCACCUUUGAGGUGGUGAUUGCUGACCUCCGCAAGGUGGCCACCAUACUUUCCAACUCGCGGGACGCCGCCGCGGCACGCGGCGGGCCCGGGCUGGGCCCCUCCCAGUCCCGCAACUUUGCGCGGCAGUCCACGGCGCCCAUGGCGGCGGCCUCGGUGCAGGCGCCGCAGCCGGCGGCGGCGGCGGCGGGCGCGGCGGCGGGAGCGGCUGCCGGCGCGGGCGCAGCGGCUGGCGCGAGUGCCGCGUGGUUUGAGCCGCAAGCGCAGGGCGCGCAGGGCGCGGCGGCGCAGCCCCCGCCGCAGAAUGGGGCGGGGACGGCGUCAGACCAGGGCGGCAUGUCCACUCAGGCCUCUGCCGGCACCACCAUGACGGGCGGUGCCAGCGAGGUGUCAGUCAUCAGCGGCACCGCCCCGCCGCCCUCGCCCUUUGAUGGCGGCCCCUUUGCCGGCGGCGGCCCCGCGCCCUGGAUGCAGCAGGGCGCAACGGCUGGCGGGCAGCAUGUCAGCAGCUCCGCGGCGCCACCGCCCUCGCCCUUUGGCGGCGGCCCCGCCCCGGCCGCCGGCCAGCAGGUCAGCAGCGCGGCGGCCCCGGCCCGCAGCCCGUUUGACGAUGGGCCUGCGCCAGCGGGCGGCCAGACCAUCAGCAGCGCUGCGCAGCCUCCCCCCAGCCCCUUUGGCGGCGCGGUGGGGGUCGGGCAGCAGGUCAGCAGCGCGGCGCCCCCACCACCCAGCCCCUUUGGCGGCGUGGUGGGGGGCGGCCAGCAGAUUAGCAGCGCGGCACCCCCACCACCCAGCCCCUUUGGCGACGCCGGCUUUGCCGUGCCGGCGCCGGUGGCGGUGCCGCGGUCGGGCAGCGGGCGGCUGAGCCCCUUUGCGGCUAAGUCCCCCAAGUCGAGCAGCCCUGUGGCGCGCUCCUACAUGGAUGCCUCCUCCAUGCCCUCCACCGUGCUGGAGGCCACGCCAUCCAUGGAGGCGGCGGCAGAGUCGAAAUCGGAGGCUGAUCAGAAGUCGAGCGGCCGCAUAAGCAGCCGCCGCGGCUCGCACCUGACUGACAGCGCCCUCACCGCUGACACAGGGCACAUGCCGCGCGGCGACAGCGCUUCGGGCAUCUCCCCUGACCCCGCGGCGCCCACCGUUGAGGUUGCGGUGGACCACGCGAGCACCGCCGCGCCGGCGCGGACGGAGAGCAAGAACAAGGAGGGGCUGCUGCAGCGGCUGAUGAGCAUCGGCGGCAGCGGCAAGCGGCGCGCGCAGGCCGGCUAG